GUGCUGACUAGCAGGCUCACGUGCACAGUGUGGAGGACAAGCUGUAUCAUACAAAAUGGGAUUUGGGAGUGACCUAAAGAACUCACAGGAAGCUGUGUUAAAGUUGCAAGACUGGGAACUACGGUUACUGGAGACAGUGAAGAAAUUUAUGGCUCUGAGAAUAAAAAGCGAUAAAGAAUAUGCAUAUACUCUGCAGAAUCUUUGUAACCAAGUUGAUAAAGAAAGCGCCGUGCAAGUGAAUUAUGUCAGCAAUGUGUCCAAGUCUUGGCUACUGAUGAUUCAGCAGACAGAACAGCUUAGUAGGAUCAUGAAGACACACGCAGAGGACUUGAACUCUGGGCCCUUGCAUAGGCUCACCAUGAUGAUCAAGGACAAGCAGCAGGUAAAGAAGAGCUAUGUAGGCAUUCAUCAGCAGCUCGAGGCAGAGAUGAUCAAGGUCACAAAGACAGAAUUGGAGAAAUUAAAAUCCAGCUAUCGACAAUUAAUAAAAGAAAUGAAUUCUGCCAAAGAGAAAUAUAAAGAAGCCUUAGCCAAAGGGAAGGAAACAGAAAAGGCCAAGGAGCGCUAUGACAAAGCUACAAUGAAGCUUCAUAUGCUGCAUAAUCAGUAUGUACUGGCACUGAAGGGGGCUCAGCUCCAUCAGAGUCAGUACUAUGAUACCACACUUCCUCUGCUGCUGGACUCCGUGCAAAAGAUGCAAGAAGAAAUGAUAAAAGCACUAAAAGGUAUAUUUGAUGAAUAUAGCCAGAUAACCAGCCUUGUUACAGAGGAAAUAGUCAAUGUCCAUAAAGAGAUUCAAAUGUCUGUUGAACAGAUAGAUCCUAGCACUGAAUAUAAUAAUUUCAUAGAUGUUCACAGAACAACAAGUGCUAAAGAACAAGAAAUCGAAUUUGAUACUUCCCUAUUAGAAGAAAAUGAAAAUCUUCAGGCAAAUGAGAUCAUGUGGAAUAAUUUAACAGCAGACAGUUUGCAAGUAAUGUUGAAGACUUUAGCAGAAGAGCUCACACAGACUCAGCAGAUGCUUUUACACAAGGAGGCGGCUGUCCUGGAGCUAGAGAAGAGGAUUGACGAAUCUUCUGAGACCUGUGAAAAGAAGUCUGACAUUGUGCUUCUUCUGGGUCAAAAACAGGCGCUUGAAGAGUUGAAGCAGUCAGUCCAGCAAUUGAGAUGUACUGAGGCAAAGUGCGCAGCACAGAAAGAAUUGCUGGAGCAAAAAGUACAGGAAAAUGAUGGGAAAGAACCACCUCCUGUGGUAAAUUACGAAGAAGAUGCACGGUCAGUCACAUCCAUGGAGAGAAAGGAGAGACUAUCCAAAUUUGAAUCUAUUCGUCAUUCAAUUGCUGGGAUAAUUAAGUCUCCAAAAUCGGUCCUCGGAUCUUCAUCACAGCUCUCCGAUGUGAUCUCUAUGGGUGAGAAGCCCCUGGCGGAGCAUGACUGGUACCAUGGCGCUAUCCCCCGGAUAGAGGCACAAGAACUCCUGAAGCAGCAAGGAGACUUCCUGGUUCGAGAGAGCCAUGGGAAACCUGGUGAAUAUGUCCUUUCUGUAUAUUCUGACGGACAAAGGAGGCACUUUAUCAUACAAUUUGUUGAUAAUCUAUAUCGAUUCGAGGGCACUGGGUUUUCAAAUAUCCCUCAACUUAUAGAUCACCACUUCAAUACCAAACAAGUUAUCACCAAGAAGUCUGGGGUGGUUCUGCUGAAUCCUAUUCCAAAGGAUAAGAAAUGGAUUCUCAAUCAUGAAGAUGUUUCAUUGGGAGAAUUACUGGGCAAGGGGAAUUUUGGUGAGGUGUAUAAGGGCACACUAAAGGAUAAAACUCCUGUUGCCGUUAAAACGUGCAAGGAAGACCUUCCUCAGGAAUUAAAAAUAAAGUUUUUACAGGAAGCCAAAAUUCUCAAGCAAUAUGAUCACCCCAAUAUUGUCAAACUUAUAGGCGUGUGCACACAAAGACAGCCUGUCUACAUCAUUAUGGAACUGGUCCCAGGAGGGGAUUUCCUGACCUUCCUGAGGAAGAGGAAGGACGAGCUAAAGCUGAAGCAGUUGGUGAAAUUUUCCUUGGACGUUGCUUCUGGCAUGUUGUAUCUGGAGGGUAGGAACUGUAUUCACAGGGACCUGGCUGCACGGAACUGCCUGGUAGGUGAAAACAAUACUCUGAAAAUUAGUGACUUUGGAAUGUCUCGGCAAGAAGACGGUGGAGUAUACUCAUCUUCAGGCUUAAAGCAGAUUCCCAUUAAAUGGACAGCACCGGAAGCUCUUAAUUAUGGGAGGUACAGUUCUGAAAGCGACGUGUGGAGCUUCGGCAUCCUGCUCUGGGAGACCUUCAGCCUAGGAGUCUGUCCAUACCCCGGAAUGACAAACCAGCAAGCACGAGAACAAGUGGAGAGAGGAUACCGAAUGUCAGCCCCACAGAACUGUCCAGAGGAGAUUUUUACAAUCAUGCUGAAGUGUUGGGAUUACAAGCCUGAAAACCGCCCAAAGUUCAGUGACCUUCACAAAGAGCUCACUGCCAUCAAGAAGAAGAUCACAUAGUGGCAGCCAGGGCUAGCCACCACCUGCAGGACUCUGUCCUCAGUCACCCCGACUUUAUACCACCUUACUGCAACCAUCUUUGAAGGUUAUGUUUUUUAUUAACUGGGUUUUUAAAGUAUGUUCCACUUUAAACUAUGUUAAAGGCAAAUUUAUUCAAGAAAUAAAUGGUCUUACCCAGGACUGUAUUAGCUAACCACAGCAACCCUGCCAUUUGAUACCACUGUAAAGAGAAAAGCACAGGCCUAACAGAAAAGGUAAAAGGUCUAUCUUUAAUACCGAGGAUCAUUGGUGUUCCACCAAGGCUUUCUAAUCCAGGCACAGCCUGUGGGCUGCUGUCUUCUGCUGCAGGCCCUCCUGGGUUGGUGCUAUAAACAGCCUUGGUAGCGCAUGCCUGUAGGACGAGUGCCCACCACAGUUGGCUCUCCACUCUGCCAAGGCGAGAUUGUAUCUAUAAACAUAAUCAUAUAUUGGGAAUCACUUGGGCCUCCUAGGGUUUCUCUUUCUUUUCCUGUCAGAACAUGCCCAGUGAGAACAUCACAUUCCCAUAUCAUUUUGUCUUUUACUUCCCCAGUCCAGGCUACAGAAAAUGGUGCAUGGAAAAUUCCCAGAGAGCUCAGGGUACAGAGGCAGCUGCUUCUGCAGGACAUUGGAGACGACAGGGAUGACAGGAAACAUGUGUGACCAGGAGGGCAAGUUGGAAAAGAGCAGUUAGCCAGUGCUCACCAGGAAGAAGAAACAAGAAUGCCUGCCUUCCUCCCAGAUUUAUGCCUUCGGAAUACCCUGUAUCUGGGUCUCAGUUCCCUAACAAGGUCUAAGAAAUUUUCAGGAGUUCACAGAGCCCAGAGGAAACUUUCUUAAAGUUACUAAAGUCCACAGAAAGAACAGCAUGGUUCUAAUUGUAUAUCUUUAUCCUAGGAGACAAUCCCAGAAUGGAAUUCCCUUUACUUAUACCUGUAUCUGGGUCUUCAGAAUCCAUGAUUCAUUUACAAACACAUCCACAUAUAUCUACUGAAGUGCAAGGCACUGUGAACAAAAUAGAUGGGCCCAAUGUCAAGUCAGUGUUAAUAAAGAAAAUCUCUAGGUACAGCCACACCUCCAUCUCCUCUUUUCCACUAAAGCCACUACCUGGAAAUCUUACUGAUAACAUACAGGUAUGCAAGCAUACCAUUAAAGGUCUCUCCUGUGUAUCUAAUGUACCUCAGGUCAAAUUAGGGUGUGGCCGAGAUCAAUGUUAGCUAUGUCAGGGACUUGCCCUGUGGUCUGUGCACAGUUGUCUAAGGAUCAGUGUGUCUGGGAGAUGGCCAACUCCCUGCCUGGCUGUGCAGAGCAUAGGUCAGUCUUUGAAAGAAGCUGCUGGAGAGAAGAAGGACUCAUACCCAUCAUUUCAGCCUCCUUGCUCAUUUUACAAUUUUAUACACAUUUAAUGAUUCCUACAUGCAGACUGAAAUAAAGGCAUAACGAGCCUGCCCACACCAAUCACUGCAGCACACAAACCAGCUUCCCCUCCACACAGCUCUCCCAUGGCUCAGGUACUGGAAACAAGCAGAGCUCCCCUCUGAUGGCACACACCGUGGGAACUCAAGUGCAAAUUCAGGCAUUCACGUUAGUUAAAGUGCCCUGCUCUCCAGGCAUCUGCUGGCCCUAGGAUCCACCUGAAUCUACUAUAAUACACUCUGUCUAUGAAAGGAGAGAAAGAAGCAGCCUCUCACUACUUAGCAGUCUGCACCCAGCAAGGGGCAGGAGGCUGGCUUGCCUCAGCCUCUGUGGACAAGAUGUGAAGCUUAGCCCCCGCGUUUUGGUGUACAGAGAACGUGGCACUGAUACUCACUCAUCCAGGCUGUUAGAAUUUGCAAUUCACAUCAUAACUCUUUGCUUAAAUUUAAAAGGCUUUUCAAAACAUCAUAACAUCUGCAACAUUUAAAUUCCAUUUUAUUCUUUGUCCCAGAGCAGGCAGAGGUAUAGUUUAAGAUUAACUCAUCGGGAGCCUUUCAGGAUCAUGUCAGUCAUACAGAGUAUUAAAUUUAACAUAGGCACAUGCAUUAAGGAAAGCUUAUGCAAAACAUUCUUACUGUUAAUUUUGUUAUGCUUGAGGCAUAUUUUAUUCAUCCCUUCUGUCACUGAUAAUUAUUGGAAUUAUGUACUUUAGGAGGCUAAUCCAUACCCAAAAAGUGCACAUAUAAAUACAGUUCUGAUUUGCAAGUUGAUUUAGGGAAAAGAGGCUGCAGAAAUGCACAAAACAUCUUUGCUUAAAAAAAGAAUUGCAAACAGUGGUACCCUGGUAACACUGGUGUGGAUACACUGGAGCCCAGUCACAGAUCUUUAUUUUACUAACCAAGAGUGUUGUAGGCCUGCUCAUGACUCUGCUCAUUAGCAUUCCUUCAGGUCAGCAAUCUGGGCAUGAAGAAAAAGGCUGCCAAACACGAGCAGUCUGGCCUCCGUCUGCAAUGUCUACCUUGAGUCACCAGGAAACCUUCCUGAGAAAUGGGAGGUUAUUGUUUGUCAAAGACAGAAAAGGUUUCUGUCUUUUGAUGUGUAUUUCAUGUGAUCUAAGCUUUCUUCUCAAAGCCGUUUUCUUAAGAAGACUAUAAAGAAUUACUAGGUCUUUUUUCAGCCCAUCCUGCUACCAGGUCCACAGGGGAAAGUCCGAUGUGAUUCUCCCUUUUCCAAUAUCUAACAGGGACAGUAGAGUUGGUUCCCUAAUUCAUAGCUGGCCACCUUCUCACAAACAUCCAUCCGCACAGCCUGGAGUCAUUCAGUGCAUAUCUUACAGUUUCUUAGGAGCUUGUGUUAAUUUCCUAAAACAACCAAGUUUCCUUCUGUAUUAGCCACUGUUUCCAUCAGCUAGCUCCUCUGACGUCACCACAGCACUGUGCUAAGAUGUCUGUCAAAUGUCAGUUGCAAUAAUGUGCUGCAUGCCAGGACUGGGGCACAGAGCAAGCAGAUGCAGCAGGACAGGUCUUGCUGUGCAGUGUGAUCCUCACAUGUUAUGCAAGUAUACCUGAACAUCAUCUUAAUGUGUGUGUGCACCGUCUACAGCCAUGUGUCCUUGAAGCAGAAUGACAUCUAAGGGCUAUCUGUCUGAGCCCUCUUCCUUUCAGCACACUCCAUUUGUCACACCAUUGGCAUUCUCCUUGCCUCUUGUCAGUAGACGUGAUUGUCAUGGGAAGACAGGCUUUCCUGUUUGGAGAUCAGAGCCCUCAUACAAAACAGCACCACAGCUGAGAAAGAGCCGCAGAGACAAAGCUCGCUUACAUGUCAAUAUUUUCAGUAGAUGGAAUCAAAGGUUUUAUAUGAAAAUCAAUCAUUAAAGUGGCAUGAGAGUUUACUAUGAAAAUAAAGUAUUUCCUCUUAUUAACAGA